AUGAAAAUCCAGGAAACAGUACUGUGGUCUGACAGUACGAUUGUUUUAGCAUGGAUUAAAAAACCACUGAAUCAACUACAACAGUACGUGCGCAAUAGAAUCGCUCUGAUUCAAGAGCAGACUAGUGAGCAUCGAUGGAAGCAUGUCAGAUCGCAGCAAAACCCAGCCGAUAUCAUCUCCCGAGGCCAACUUCCUGAGUAUCUUCAGAACAAUCCGCUCUGGUGGAGCGGUCCCGAAUUCCUGAAUAGGGAAAAGUAUGAAGUAGACGUGCCCGAAACUAUACCUGAUGAAGAGCUACCAGAACUUAAAUCCAUGGUGACAGUGUCAAACGAUGAUGGUUUGCUGGCCCAUUUCCACAAGCAAAGUAGUUUCCGUAAAAUUCAACGAGUCGUGGGAUACAUUUUGCGCUUCGCUAAGAAUUGUAAGAAGAAGCGUGCCGAACGUGAGCUUGGGACACAUUUAACCGUCAGUGAGCUACGCCAAUCCACGGAAACCAUUGCAUAUGUCGUACAGCAGUUUCAUUUUGCCGAUGAAAUCAAGCGCGUUGUUACCAAUCAACCGUGCCGAAAACUUGGUAAUUUACGCCCGGUUUACGUCAAUAAGCUUCUCCGCGUGGGUGGUCGGUUGGAUCGCUCGCAACUACCUUUCGAGAAUCGUCAUCCAAUAAUAUUGCCGGAUAAGGAUCCGGUGGUGCGGCUGCUAGUGCAACAGAUGCACAUCGAGUUACUCCACGUAGGACAAACUGGACUUUUGAAUGCCAUGAGACAGCGAUAUUGGCUUCUAAACGCAAGAUCUACCAUUCGUUUCAUCACCCGUCGUUGCGUCAGAUGUUUCCGUACCAGCCCUACUACUACCAGUCAGCUAAUGGGAAACCUACCAUAG